AUGCUUUUUGGAAAUAAGGUAUGUAUUAAGUUACAAAAAGGUUUUGUAGGUGGGAAUUUCAAAUGUGAGUUUUGCAACUCGGUGCAACUCUAUUCAAAAUUUCAAAAUGAAACUAAAACGUAAACUUCUUCAACAGCAUUUCAAUGCUUUCUCGUUUAUUAUAUUUUACAUAAAAUCCAGGCAGAUAAGUCGAACGAAAGAGUCGUCAAAAAGGAGGAGGGAGAACGGCUAGCACAGGUGAGUCAAAUAAAUUAAUUUGAAUCUUGUGCUAAUUCCUUGUUAAUGUGUAAUUUUGCUAAUACAAUGACAUCAGGGGCGGAUCUACCAUGGGAGUGUACUGUUGGGUUAGUAACGUGCAGACUGCAGAGGAGUGUGGGCAGUAAAGGCCCUGUUACACGGUUCCCUUUUUUUCAUGCAACUUGUCUCGCAAUGGCGUUACGAGACAAGUUGCACGAGUCAUUGCAUCGUUUAACAUGCCUUGCAAUGGUCAAAAUCUUUGCGACACAAGUUGCAUGAAGCAUUGCACAGAGUAGAAGUCGGUUCUACUUUUGGCAACGAUUGCACUAAUUAUUUUUAGCAUUGCAGCGUGUAACAUGGCUUCGUGCAACUUGUCUCGCAAUAUUUUAAUAUAGCUUGGAGAGUUCCUAUUGGCUCUCCCCAGUACACGCUUUACUUUAAUUAAACUCUUUGCAUGCCUCUGUCCCCUAUCGUUGCGAGUUGCAUGAAAAUCAUUGCAGCGUGUAACACCUCUUGCAAUGCAUUUAUCAAAAUCUUUUUUUAAACAUUGCGAGACAAGUUGCAUGAAAAAUUGCACCGUGUAACAGGGUCUUACGCCAUGGAGAACCUACACCCCUCCUUGCAGAUGAAGAUAGUUCUGCUGCUGAAUGACACUCUUUUUCUCUAGGAAAACAAUGUUGCGUUCAUGGAAACAAGUGCUAAAACUGGAAUGAAUGUUGACUUGGCUUUUAUGGCUAUUGCUAGGUAAACUAAUUUUCAAUCCAUUUGAUGUAAAUAUUUGUUAAGUAUCUAUCGAUAAUCUUUUCUGCCCAUGUAUGUCUGUUUGUCUCUUUCUAUCUGUGUGUGUUUGUGUGUAGGAUAACUUAAAAAAAUAAGUAUUAAUACUGCACAUGUGGUAAUACUAAUGGACAUUUUUUAAGGACGAAUUCGUGAUUCCCCUUAUUACGUUUUCGUAGCACUUUGCAUUGUGGUUAUAGUGGUAUCACUGAUAUUCAAGAUGGCUUAUUUUUUGUCCUGACCAGUGCAAGAACUUUAAAAAAAAGCUGGGGUCAGUUGCGCGAUAGCCACAGCAAAAUAUUCGCGAAAACAUUCAAUAUUUUCAUUCGAGGCCGCUAUCUUUAUCAGUGAUACCACUAUAACCACAAUGCAAAGCGCUACGAAAACGUAAUAUGGGGAAUCACGAAUAGACCUUUCCCCUUUUGAGUCAAAUUUUGAUCUAGACUAGCCUGGACAAAAAUUUCAUCACAGCUUGAAAGAGCAUCACAAAAUUAAUAAUAUUCCGAAGUUUCGUUGCGAAAUGUUGUAAAAUGCGGAUAAUAUAGCCUUGCGAAGUUUUUUAGAAGACCGUUUUGUUUCUUGAAGACCGUUUUUUAGUCAUUUUGUAUUACAAAUGGGAAAUUGAUAAUCAGUUCGAUCAUCUGAUUAUCAAUUUCCCGUUUGUAAUGCAAAAUGACUGAAAAAUGGCAAAAUUCGCAAGGCUAUAUUAUCCGCAUUUUACAACAUUUCGCAACGAAACUUCGGAAUAUUACUAAUUUUGUGAUGCUCUUUCAAGCUGUGAUGAAAUUUUUGUCCAGACUUGUCUAGAUAAAAAUUUCACUCAAAAGGGGAAAGGUCUAUUGAGCAAGUUUCGGUUAAAUUGAAAAUCUCCGUGUGUCCUCUGCACACGCAAAAACGAACACGUUAUAACAAACCUGCAGCAGACUUGUAGCAAUGCUGUUCCAACAACUAGUCAACAGGAUGUGUUCGCACUGCUCGCUCCCAGCUUGGUUGGCAAGUUGUCAACGGCUUGUUGACAAGGUUGCUACAAGGUUGUUGUGCUCAGCAGACUUGUUACAAGUUGUUCCAACAACUUGUUAUCGUCCUGCAAUUCAACAAUUUGUCAACAAGUUGUGAGUGACAACCUUGUUGCAACUUGAUAAAAUAACAACAUUGCUACAACUUAUUGACAAGCUUGCUACAAGCCUGUUGCGAACACAUCUUAUUGACACGUGAGAUUUUUACGUGUGUUGUUUGCCAUCUGUAAUUUCUAAUUGAUUUUAGAGAACUGACGUUUCAACAUAAACAAGCGAAUGAUUCAUCAAAGUUCGAUAUGAAGAAAUACGUGAGCGAUAAAAGAGAGGGGCAAGGAUGUUGUUAAUAUUGUCGCUCAUUGCAGUUUAAAACUCACUGGAGUGUACAAAUAAUAUGUAGAAGGCCAAAAAACGGAUCCGGACUCCAGUCUCCAGUCCGGAGUCCAAGGCUCACAGUCCAGAUAUUAGUAUGUCUUUUGCCUGGUUGAGGAAAAAACAACAGGACUCAUAAUACUGGACUCAUGAUUUUUUGGACUGGAGACUGGAAUCUGGAUCCGCAAUUUCAGACUGCACCGUAACUGCACUCCGAGUUUCUGGGUGUUCGGCUACAACACCAAAAUGGUACAAUCAUUGCAGCUCUGUAGACACUGAUUUAGUGUUAAAUGUUAACACCAUUUUUGUUUUAUGAAAUACCAAAUCUUUACCCAAUAAGUAUAUUGUAUACAAAUAUGUUUAUGCGUGCAAUGGUCAAAAUCUUUUCAUGAGGUGAAAGAUGAAAUUUUCCAUUCCACCAGGCGAUGGCCGAGUGAAAAUAUUUUUACUAUUUCACGAUUGAAAACAUUUGUUUUUAUGACACCAAAAUAAAUCAAUCGAUCUCUCAAUUCCAUCGGCCUCGUUACGAAAAUUUGGUUUACAUGAGCUACGAUUAGGAUACGAUUAAGAUUUUGACAGGUGGAUCGAACGCAUUCCAUUGCACGCUCAAAAUGGUAAUUUUUUAUUUCAUAUCAUGUGAUCAUAAUCAGCCGAUUAAAUUACCAGAAUUUAAUGAGGUGUUAUAUAAAAAACAACUAUACUUAUUGGAUGUAAGUAAUACGAUUGCUCAGUGUAUUUGGUAGUUGCAUCCCUACCAACGAAAGCUUAUUAAUAUUUGGUGUUUCCCUAACACAAAAAUGAUGCCAACAUUUACACUACACACGUCUCACAACUUGUCAACAAGAUGUGUUCGCAACAUGCUCGUGGCAAGCUUGCCAACAAGUUGUAACAAUGUUGUUAUUUUAUCAAGUUGCUACAAGAUUGUCACUCACAACUUGUUGACAAAUUGUUGAACUGCAGGACGAUAACAAGUUGUUGGAACAACUUGUAACAAGUCUGUUGAGCUCAACAAUCUUGUAGCAAGUUGUCAACAAGCCGUUGACAACUCGUCAACAAGCUGGGAACAAGCAGUGCGAACACAUCCUGUUGAGAAGUUGUUGGAACAGCAUUGCUACAAGUCUAUGCAGGUUUGUUACAACUUGUGCGUUUUUACGUGUGUAGGUCGAUGUCUGCAGAGCCGCAGCGAUUACACCAUUUUGGUAUUGUAGCCGAACACCCGGAAAUUUAAAAUGUGAUCAUCACGCACAGAUCUAAUGAUCGAACUGCGACAUGUUAUCAUGUGUUAAUUAAUACGUCAAUGUGUUUUGUUUUUGCUUUUAUAAAGAUCCGGUUUCUAGCUGUCAAAUGACACCUUCAUGGUGUGAUUACGAUAAAAAAUCACCAAAUGCGAUCUGAUAGUUUGAAUUCGCAUAUUUCCACCUUUGGGAUUUAGAUGUUCUUCCAAUUUUCGAACAUUUGCCCAAAUGUUUGUUGCCCAUUUGGGAAACGUAUGUCAUUGCGAGUCCAGUCUGCAAGCUUCCCAGCCCUAGCGCAGGUAAAAGACCCUGGCUUGCGAGGUUGCAAGCUUCCAGUGUUGUUUGAUGUAAAAUUGCGGGUAAAAUUUGUUUCACAAUAUGAUACUUGUAUACAUGCGUUGCGCCAUAUUUACUCAAGGGUCUUCAAUUUGGAUCCCAAAUGAGAAUAAUUUCACUGCUCAGACAAUACUAUAGCCCGGUUUAGAUGCAAUUUCCAAAUGCGAUUUCGAGCGGCAUUUUUAAAUCGGAUUGUAUGUGGCUAUUUUUGAUCGCAAUGAUACACGAAAGGUAGCAUUCGAUAGCAAAAAGCCUGGUCUUUAUUGGUAUGAAAAAAAGAAAAUGAGUAAACGUAAUAAUUAACACACGAUAAACUGUCAAAUUUUGAUUACCUUCUUAUUCACACUGUUUAUCGGUUAUAUAUGAUCGUUAACAGAUUAGGUUCAUUGCGUCGUUGGUUCGAGGGAUGGGAAAUUAUGAAACAAACAAAUGUCCAUUACACAGGAAAAGAUUUUAAAUUUCCAUUAAUGGUUUUUGAAUGGUUUCUCAAGAUUUACCAUGUAUACUAUCAAUGUAAAAACCAUUAUUGGUUAUUAAAGAUUUCAUUUCCCAUUUGGUAAAUUAGUAAAACCAUGAUGUUUAAAGUGGAAGUCAAGUCCGUAAUGUAAACAGACGGUUUGUUUACAUUUUGAACUGCUGUAUUUUUUAAAAUAUGAUGUACUGUCUGAAUAUCUAACACCAUUUUGGUUCGCUAUGCUUCUACAUGUAUAUGACAUAGAGUUUAUGCUCAGAAAAAUUCGAAACAUUCGAAAUUUGGGCAAUGUUUACAUGAGAGGGUCCUCACAUUGUUAUGAGCAGAACCGAUGCGCAGAACGGACUUGACUUCCACUUUAAUAUUUACCAUUAAUGGUAUUUUCCUGGUAAAUAUUAAACAUCAUGGUUUUUACCUAUUUACCAUAUAGAUGGAAAAUCUAUAAUAACCAACAAUGGCAGGAGUUCAGUUUUUACAUUCAAAAAUCCAUUAAUGGAAAUUUAAUUUUUUUCUGUGCUUGUACUGUCACUCAAAGAAAACGCACGGACGAUUGUUCACAUAUAAUGGGAUAAUGGGGGGAAACAAGGGACAACUGAGCGUUUGUUAUAGUAAUAUUUAUCAAACUUUGCAUAUGUACUAAAUCUGCUAUAAUUCAUUGUAUUUAAAUUUCAUAGAUGUAUAUUUAAUUGACAUUCCAAAUAAGUAUUGAUUGAGAUGAAUGGCUUUAUGGCCAAGAAUAAGCAAUAAAUGAAGACUAGUGGGAAGGUAUUCUGACUCAGAAACAUUUAUUUAUUACCAUUUUUAUGUGGCUUUCUAUCACGUACA